CGCCUCAACAGCGGCGGAUUCAAACUGAAGAUGAAAGAUGGCCGCGGAGAAAGACACCGAUGUAAAUAAACAAGACAGAAGGGGCACGGUGUGCAAUGUUGUGAACAGUCACGAGUCAGAAGCGGGCGGCGGUGGAGACGGCCGGCUGCCCAUCAUCUUCAACCCGGACUUCUUUGUGGAGAAGCUGCGUCACGAGCGACCCGAGGCCUUCACCGAGCUGGUGCUGAGUAACAUCACGCGCCUCCUCGACCUCCCGGGGGCCGAAUUCUCACAGUUACUGGACGAGGAGCCCAAGACCCCCAAUGGCACUGUGGCGGGAGGCUUCUUCCGCUCCUUCAACUUCCUCAAACGCAAAGAUAAAGGUGGCAUGCCGCUCACGGAGGAAGGAAUAGGUCACAUUUAUCAACUCAUCAUGUACCUCAGCAAAAAUCUGCAUGUAGAGGGUCUUUUCCGGGUCCCCGGGAACAGCCUGAGACAGCAGACUUUGAGGGAGCAGCUCAACGGGGGAGCCGACAUUGACUUCGCCUCCGGUGACUUCCACCCCAAUGACGUGGCCACGCUCCUCAAAGGCUUUCUGGGAGAACUGUCCGAGCCCCUGCUGACGCACCGACACCUGCACGCUCACCUGAAGAUCACAGAGCUGAAGCUGUUCGACGAGCGAGGGGAUAAGACGAGUGUGCCGGAUAAGGAGCGUCAGAUCGAGGCCCUCCAGCUGCUCCUGCUCCUGCUGCCCACGGCCAACCGCACGCUCCUCAAGCUCCUGCUGGACCUGCUCUAUCACACCGCCAAACAGCAGGACAAAAACAAGAUGUCUGCGCACAACCUCGCACUCAUGUUCGCCCCGCACGUCAUCUGGCCCAAGAACAUGAAUGCCAGUGACCUUCAGGAGAACCUGAAGAAGCUGAACAGCGGCAUGGCUUUUCUCAUCAAACAUUCACAGAAGAUCUUUCGGGCACCGGUGUAUCUGCGGGAACACGCCAGACUUCAGUUCGCCAACACCAAAAUUAUCCACUCCAAGGAUGACCUGGAGCUGCUGGCGGUCAGCGGGUCUCCUCUGGGGAAGAGGAGCGGAGCACGAGUGGGGCUCGACUCAGAGAAUCACACAGAAGAGGCGCUGCGAGAGCUCUAUCGACACGUCACCGACAACAUGCCACACUCCGCCAAGAAGAAGAAGCUCAUCAGACAGCUGGGCAAGCAGUCGACCCCCGUGACUCCUGUCAGUGAGAAUACGACUCCUACCAGUAAAAAACACACACGCUCGCGCUCCUUCGGCGGCCUCAUCAAGAGGAAGGUUUUGGGGAGCCAGCCUGCGGUGGACAGGAGAGGGCGAGUGUCUCCUCCGGGGAAGGAGAACCUCAGCGGCGGGACAGAGAGCUGAGGAAGAGGAGGAGAGUGUGCAUUCAGUCUGAACAGAAGACUUCAUCCUAAACAACGGGAGGAGAUAGUUUUAUUCGAAUUAUUUUAUUUAUAUUUUUAGAUUCUGUAUUGUUUAACAUGGGGACUAAUUUUCAUUUAACGUGACUUUAUUUUCCCUUCUUUUUUUAAUCCGCCGCAGAGUUUUAAACCGUUACGUCAGGUGUGCUUGGGUAAACCACUAGUUAGUUGCACUGGGAGUUGUUAACUGACCAUUUGCAGUCUGUAUAUGUGUAAAUACGUGUGUGUGUGCUGAUAUCUGGACCGUACGCUAACACACAAUCCAUGCUGUGGUCAAAUGUCACAAAAGUGCAUUACCGCUAUUCACAGCAACUGGUAUUUGUUUACAUAUUGACAUUGUCUUAAUAACACUGUGAACAUUCAAAAUAUGACAUUUUGUGACUAGAACAAUACGACUGUGAUUCAUUUUAAACCUUCUUUGUUGUAAAUCAUCAGCAAUUUGGCCACUGAGUCAAAGAGAUUCAUGUAUUUCGUUACAUAUUUAGUGAUUUUUCAUCAUUCAUAUGGUGAGAAGUGCACAAAGCAGUCGUGUUUCUCAAUGAAAAGCUGUUACGUUUUGUUGCGUGUCAAGGGUCUUUGAUGUGUCUUGAAGGUUUGUGUAAGUUUGGACUGUGGGAUUAUGGGAAGGAUGGUAAUUGUGGCUGUGAUUUGAACAGCGGGAAUGUGCCGUGUGUAAGUUUGCGCUUGGAUCUGUGGGAAUUAAAGGAUGUUGUGGAAGGAAUUACUGUUAAUGCUGGUUUGGCUUUUGAUCCUGAACGUCUCCUGUCAUGUGUUACUCCUCACAGUGCUGUGAUGUCACUUCCUUACAUAUAUAUCGCGCUUUAUAUAUGUGCUAAUAGAUGCACAAUCCCUCCACUUUAAAGACUCGUACAUUUUAACUGCCGAAUUGCUUAUUUUUAUCAGUAUUUUGCCAUUUUAAUACACAAGGGACAGCUCACCCAAAAACGGUCAUUCUGUCAUCAGUUUACACACCCUCAAGUCGGUCCAGACAUGAAUGAUAUGUUGUUAAACCAGUCUGAUAUUUUGAAGACUAUAUAUAUAUAUAUACCGACAGUCUUCAAAAUAUCAGACCGGUUUGGAUUGGAACGACUUAAGGUGUGUAAAUCAUGUUUCCAUUUUUGGAUGAUCUGUCUCUUUACAUUUGUUAAAUAAGCAAAACAAGCCCAUCUUUUAACAUGGUACAAGCUGUGUCGAGUUUAAUAUGGGGAGCUGAUGAUGGGCGUUUACAAAUGUAGAAAUUGUAACAACUUUUCACAGAAGCAGUUCUUAAAGUGUUUUUAGAAGCGCUUGGUGUCUUUAUUUUUUUUUUUUAUAUAGGUUGUUGUAGAUGCUACAAAUGUAUCAUCUGCAUUGUGUAAUUGUUAAGUGGGAUGUUUUUUGUAGUGUGUGUGUGUGUGUGGAAGUUGGGCAGGUUUUAACAUCUACUGAAAAAUGUGAUGUGGCAAAUUGGGAAAUUCAUUGAUUUUGGAAUAAAUUUUGCGCAUUUACACUUUCAAUAUAAAAGGUUUGUUUUUUUUCCUUUUAUUGUUACAGUAGUUAAAACUGGAGGGUUAAAAAAUCGGUUUGAUCUGUGAAACAUUUGUAUUUUGUACAUGAUCUGCUGUAUAAUGGGUGCUUCUGUGUAUUUCAUUUUAUAUUAAAACUUUUACCGGCUGAAUUGUAA